GCCCGCCGCCUGCGACCAUGUUUGAAACUUGCUGCUCAGCCAUGACAGCAACCGUGGCUGUGACACUGGAUUCGCGAUCUAGUGAUCCUAUUCUUCUGGUAGUCUUUCAUCAAUCUAAACCAUUAUCGUCUGGGCACGAGGAGAUCAUCGCUUGACCGCGAGCUACUCGUAGCCAUCACAUGGCUGCGCACUUGUCACUUUAUCCCAGGGCCACGUAACGAUUCCCUCUUGGAAAAUUCUUAAGCUUUCUAUGUGCUCAAAGGUUUCCCUUACCGUUGCCUGGAGAUGAGUGCUUGAUCUCUCUUCCUCUCUCCCCUCUGUGCUUCGCCCCAUCCCUUCAAGAUGUCUGCUCAAGACGCCGUCACAAAUGUCCAACAGAAACCCGCGGACAAACCUGCGAACGGCUCCGGGGCCAAUGGCGAUGUCAAAGUCCCCAAGAUCAGUGUCGAUGCUCCCACCUCACCUAGCGGCUCGGUACCGCCAGCCGGACAACUCUUGACGGGCAAACAAGAGCAUUAUCUCAAGCGAGAACUCAUCUCCCGCCAGGUCUCGGACGAGAUCACCGAAUUGAGCAGUCCAACUGCCCUUCAACGUUUUGGCGCUCCUUUCCGCUCGCAAUAUGGCGAAGUCUCGCCCAUGGAUUCGGAGUUGCCCAUCCUGCGAUACAUCUUUGUCAACCAUGUUCGCAAUUUUCCUUUCCUCGACCAGGCGAAAGAGAAGGAAUUCUGGCAAGACAAAUUACAGACGUUCCUCGAAUCCUUUGCUAGCAAAUACAUUUCCUCCUCGGAAGACAGGCUAGAAGAGACCAAGAGGAAGAAAUUGGCAAGAAAAUCAGAAAAGUUGGUAGAGCUGAUGAUGGUGUCUGGCGUGCCCACGGCUUCUGGGUAUGAAGAGAGAAUACGUUUCGCCGAGAUGGAAGUGGUGGAACGGGGUGCGAACGAACAAGGCCUGGUUGUGAAUAUCCCUGAAGGAAACUACAUUAACGACUGGGAUAUCAAUGUGGCCGGUGUGAGAAUCACCUCGGUCAAAAGGACCGUUCGCUACCAUCAGCACGCCGAGUUCCUGAUACGAGUCAAAAGACCCGACCAGCCAGAAGUGUAUAUCGGAAGACGAUAUGGUGAAUUUGUAAAGCUGCACAAAAGGCUACGGACUGAGAUGCCGGGGAAAAUUCUCCCCCCUCUCCCGCGGAAGAACAAAUCCUCCACUUUCACAUCUGUCCUACCGUCAGGAGAAGACGACACCUCAUCGCUCUCUUCCGUAUCUACUGGAGCCAGUGUAGAAGAAUCUGGGAGGAACUUUUUGCCCGUCCAUCGACGGUUGAAGUCAUCCAACUCUCUGAGUCCCAACGCGGGUUCAGGCUCACCCAAGUCCUCAGCAUCCCCGAAAAGGAGUUUGUCGAGAGACAGAAGUGCCAGCCCUAGCCCGGGAACCAUCCGACUACAUCGAGAAGACCAAAGAGUGUCACUAAGAGCUUUCUUGCGGACUCUUUUGCAAAACCCAAAUAUCGCGCAGUCGAAAUCCAUGUCUGAUUUCCUGACUCUUCAACCUAUCGGGCUCAAUGAAGAAGAAUCGGAAGAUAUUGAACGACGAAAAGAGAUGGACGCGAGGCGGUUGGAAGAGCAGAGGAAGUUCUACGACAUCGCCCGAAAACGAGCGGCCGAGCUAGACACCUACAUGGAGAAAUUCCGAAGGAAUAUCGUCGAGGCGAAUGGCUUGACCAAGCUAUUUGCUGAGAUCCGAAGCAAAGAGAAACUCGAAGACUUGAGUCCCGAGUAUCAGAAAUUUGCAGAAUGGCUUAGGAUCGAAGUGGCAGCCACCAUUUACCACCUGUUCCUGGCGGAAGACAACUCCCCUGAGCUGUUUGCCCAGGCAAGACGGAUACAUUCUCUAGUGCCAUACACGGUAUUGAAGAAUGUGAUCCGAAUAGCCAAUCCAGCAGCAGUUAUGUCUGGUGUGUUGGAUCUCUUUCUGGCACAACCCUUUGGCGCAAGGUCUUUGCUACAACGGAUAUUCGCCCAGACUCUGGCAGAUGGAAUCCGGCAAUUCCAGAGAUCAAUCGAUGGCGUUGCCGGACAAGUGCAAGACCCAAUCUUGGUCAACAAAAUCAAAGCUUUCGUUGACAGCCCUGAGGAAACCAAAAACAUUGUCCGGACAGAGGCGAGCACGGAACAAAUUGACCUUGUCGUGGCAAUCCUCAGAUCAGAACAAUUUGAACCUGAACUCACGCCGCCGCAAAUUCAACGGGUCUUCAACGCAUGGGUGGCGUGGAACAGCGCAGUGGAGAACGAAGACGAAGAGCUCAAACAGGGUGCCGAAAUGUUUUCGCACCUCAAGCAACUGCUCAAGUUAAUGACUCGGCAACGUGACAAGGCCAUGAUGGCAGCCAUGAUCGAGGAGCCCAAUACUCUACAGUUAUUCCGCGAUUUAUUCACCAUCUUCUACGAGCCGCUAAUUCGAGUAUACAAAUCCGCAAAUGUUUACAGUUCCAUCACGGACUUCGCCCGCUUCGCUGACGACGCAAUCAAAACGGUCGAGAUCGCACAACGGCAAGACGUGUCCGCGGAUCCGAAUCAGACUGUGCAGUCAUUCAUCGACCUCUGUGCUAGACACGAACAUAACUUGUAUAAAUUCAUUCAUGAAGUCCAUACCCAUGACAACGGCCUCUUCACCGCCUUGAUGGGUUGGAUCGAGGGCAUUCUCGAAUUCCUCCGGAAAGGCCCCAGGAGCGGCGGGAGAUUGGAUAUGAAUGCGAUUUUGCGUGGGGCAUUAGACAUGGGGGCGGUGGACAGGGAGAUCGUCAUCACAGAGGUCGAUGCGUUGAUCAAGUGGCAGGAGGCGCGAAAGCAGUGGCAUAGUGAUAAGACGAGGCAGAAAAUGGCGGCUGAGGGAACAGGGUCCGGCAAUUCUUCAGAGGCGGCGACGGGGAUGCCGGGGGCGAACUUCCGGAGCAGCGAUUUCGGAUUGCAUGAGGGCGAUCUGAUGGACCUCCGCAUUUCCGACGAUGAAGAUGAGCUUGACUCGGACGAAGAAGAUGCAGAAGACGAUCUCGACCCUCUCUCGGCUGAACGGCGUCGCCGUAGAAAGGCACAAGACAGGUUGAGGAGAAGCGCUGGCGAGCCUGUGAAGCCGGAAGUCAUCGAGGUGCUGAAACUGCGCGAGUCGUUUGUGUCAAUGCUGCGAGCUGUUUUGAGUGAUUGAAGGGACAGUAAUGGAACGAAUAUAUAGUCGAACGUGGCCCGCAUGAAUUCCUAUGGGCUGCACAGAGGACUGGACAGGUCUGAACGGCAAGCAUAGAAUACCCUUGGAGAGCUACUGCUGGGAAAAGACGUAUACGUUACAGGUUCUGGUAAACAUCGCAUAUACCUGCAUUUUGUCUUUACCAUCCUGCCACCUACAAAAUGUCA